AUGCAUCCCUCUCUCGCCCGCCGAUACUUGAGUAACCUGGUUCCGCCCAAAGUCGCGACGCCCAGUAUCCUGUCGUCCGGCUCUGGCGCAGGAUUGGGCCCGCUCGUCAACUUCUACUCCAAGCUGCCCAAGGGCCCCGCGCCCGUGUCUGCCUUCGGCGGCGUCAAGCAGCGUUAUUUCAACGGCAAGAACGCGUCUGCGGCACCGAUUCUCUGGAUCAUCCUUGGAGGCAUGGCAUUUGGGUACACCAUCGACUAUCAGAUGCACCUAAAGCAUCAGAAGAAGCACGCUCACUGA